GCGCUCCGGGGCCGCCCUGCCCGCUGCCAGCCGGUGGUGCCCGUGCUGUGACUGGCGGACCACAGUUGACCCUUAGGGGACACGGGCAGUGGAGGGUGCUGUCGCUGUGUCUGGGGUGGCACUGACUGGGGGGUUGUGUCUACCUCACUGGUGAGGAGUGCAGCUCGGGAUGACAGCUGCUAACAGACUUCUGCCCAGGCUGGAAGUUUUGCGAAGAGCAGCGACAUCUGAAGACAGGAGGACAGUGACCUGCGCCUCCAGGGGACAGCACCCCAGGCUCCAGUCGAACAAGACAGCAAAGACUGCAGUGAGAAGUGUCACGAGUCGGAAUGGACAUCGCUCCAACGGGACUUCAUGUACAAGGAUGAAGUAAAGGCCGGAGCAGUGAAAGGGAUUUGGGCAUCUCUAUACAAGCUGAAAGAAGUGUUUGCACUGACAGAACCUCAGGAAAGCCGAAGAUGGCUGCCAAACGGAAAGGCGGCCUGAAACUAAAUGCUAUCUGUGCCAAACUGAGCCGGCAAGUUGUAUCAGAACAGGGAUCAGAUACAGGAGAUGCUGACGUUGGACCUUUAGAAAACAACGAAAGGAAUGGAGAACAAAAGCGAUUGGAUCCCACUGAAGGUCUUGGCACUGAUCAACGAAGUGCUGAGGAAGAUAAGCGACGUAGGGAAGUGAUCGAGAAAUGGGUCAAUGGAGAAUACACAGAUGAACCCACUGAAAGGACGAACAAAGACUGCAAAAGAAUAGGACUGUCCGAGCUUCCCCCUGAGGGGGUCUAUAUGGUACAGCCUAAGGGGUGCAGCGAUGAAGAAGAUAACACUGAGUCCAAAGGGCCCCGAGGCAGUAGAUACCUGGAAGAGAGAGAAUCAGAGAGGACGGUCUCCAAGGAUGCAGAAGCACCUGCUAAGCUAACCUCAGGAGCACCCUCAGGCUUUCAGCUAAUGUCUGGAGCUGGUGUUUUUACCACAAAAAGCACACCAAAAACUACAGGAGAAGCAUCCUCUUUGCGAGAUUAUGCAGCCAACACUAUGAGUGAAUUUCUGGGGAUGUUUGGGUACACUCAACCAAAUGUGAGAGAUGAGCUUGCAAAGAAGAUUAGCUUUGAGAAGAUCAAUGCUGCUACCUCAGAGCCAAACUCUGCUGAAGACCCUCUCAGCAAAAGAGCCAGGUUCUCCAAAUAUGAGGAGUACAUCAGAAAGCUAAAAGCUGGAGAGAACCUAUCUUGGCCUGCCCAUGUUAUAAAAGCUGAGGAACUCAACUCCAAACCUGUACAGAGCAAAGACAACACAUCAACUUUGCAGCCAACGCAGCAACCCCUAACUAGCAGAGGCCCAGGACAUGAGGCAAUUAUUUUGCAAGAGCCCAAACCUACUGUUGUGCCCCUGACGACGGCCGGCAGCUCUCAAAUGCAAGGCCUUAUGUCUCGAUCUUCCAAGUAUGACUUUUUUAUUCAGAAAUUAAAAACUGGAGAGUCUUUGCGGCCACAGAAUGGAAACACCUACAAAAAACCCUCCAAAUAUGACCUGGAGAAUGUCAAGUAUCUUCAUCUAUUCAAGCCAGGUGAAGGGAACCAAGACAUGGGCGGAUCGAUUGCUUUUAAAACAGGAAAAGUUGGGCGCCCUUCCAAGUACGAUGUGCGCAAUAUCCAAAAACUCACUCCACUGAAAGCUGCAGCAGUUGUCCCCAGCAUAUCCCCUGCCCCUCUCACAAGCACUCCCACCACUCCUGUGCCCGCGUCUGAGCAACCAGUCGCAUUGCCUUUCAACACUCCAGAAUAUCUAAAGUCAACUUUCUCAAAGACAGACUCCAUCACUACAGGGACAGUCUCCACUGUCAAGAAUGGACUGCCCCCAGACAAGCCCCCAGAAGAUGUAAAUAUUUACCAGAAAUACAUUUCCAGAUUUUCAGGCAGCCAACACUGCGGGCAUAUUCACUGCGCGUAUCAGUACCGGGAGCACUACCACUGCCUUGACCCCGAGUGUAACUACCAGAGAUUUACCAGUAAGCAAGAUGUUAUUCGUCAUUACAAUAUGCACAAGAAACGAGACAACUCUCUGCAACAUGGAUUCAUGCGUUUCAGUCCUUUAGAUGACUGCAGUGUUUACUAUCAUGGCUGCCAUUUAAAUGGCAAAAGCACACACUACCACUGCAUGCAGGUGGGCUGUAACAAAGUCUACACAAGCACCUCAGAUGUGAUGACACAUGAAAACUUCCAUAAGAAGAACACUCAGCUGAUUAAUGAUGGCUUUCAGCGCUUCCGAGCCACCGAAGAUUGUGGCACAGUGGAAUGCCAGUUCUAUGGGCAGAAAACCACUCAUUUUCACUGCAGACGCCCAGGAUGCAGCUUUACUUUCAAGAAUAAGUGUGACAUAGAGAAGCACAAGAGCUACCACAUAAAAGAUGAUGCAUAUGCAAAAGAUGGAUUCAAGAAGUUCUACAAAUACGAGGAAUGCAAAUACGAGGGAUGUGUGUACAGCAAGGCUACCAACCACUUUCACUGUAUACGCACUGGAUGUGGCUUUACAUUCACCUCCACCAGCCAGAUGACCUCACAUAAACGCAAACACGAGAGGCGACACAUCCGUAGCUCAGGCGUGCUCGGGCUCUCAUCUUCCCUCAUGGGGGGAAAGGACAAUGACCUGGAAGAGUCCAGCAAUGAUGAUCUCAUUGACUUCUCUGCAAUGAGUAGCAAGAAUUCUAGUCUGAGUGCCUCCCCUACAAGCCAGCAGUCUUCCGUAUCCCUAGUCCCAACUGUGUCCGAAGCACCUUCACCACAAACCCAUAAAUCCACCAGCACCAUUCCACCGACGACAAAGAUCUCCACUCUACUAUCCCAGACAUUACCCACGAAUAUGCCCCUGGCUUUAGCCUUGUCUAGUUCAGCACUUCCUGCUGGUACUGGGCCAUAUUUUCCUAUCAUGAGUGGCCGUGGAAGCACCACAUUACCUCUGAGUGCAAGUAAUAUAAUGCCUGUAGCUGCCCCAGAUUCUUCUCCACAGUCAGCUUCUGGGGCCAGCGAUCAAAACAGCACUUCCCCUGCUGCCACAUCCAUAAUGGAGAAGAUUUCUGCUAGUAAAGGUCUGAUCUCCCCAAUGAUGGCACGGUUGGCAGCAGCAGCACUCAAGCAGUCCCCCUCUCCUGAAGCAGCAGGCAAUGGUCAAGCCUCAGGUCGCCUUAGCAUCAAAGCAGAAAUGUCAGAUGCAGAGGGAACACUACAGAACAGUUCUCAGGAGCACAGCCUAGACCUGAGUUUGAACAGUAAUGAGCCCAACGGUCAAGACACCGUAUAUGAUCCACUGCUCCAUCCCUUGCUUGUAAAUAAGAGCCAGCACUCCAGUGCAGGGGGCUCACUGAGUCUGAAAGCAGAUGCUGAGAGCAGUGACUCUGGAGGUGGGGAGUCAACGCAUUAUCUGGGCAAAGUAAUGAAGGCUCUUGAUCGUGAAAAGAAUGCAGAACCUUGGAAGACAUACCUGCGCAGAUUCGAUCCAGGCGAUGUGUGUGACCACCAGUGUGAUUUCCUGCAUAAACUGCAUUUUCACUGUAUUGUGGAGGAAUGUGGAGCUCUUUUCAGCACUCAGGAUGGAGCUAUAAAACAUGCAAACUUUCAUUUUCGGACUGAUGUAGGAACAAAAGGCAGCUCCGAAAUUUCUUUUACAGGAGACUCUAAAGUCUCCCCGACGUCAGCAUCACCUCCUAUACCCACAACUCUGCCACCUGGAUAUGAGGUUUCUGCUCCAUGCUCUGCUGCUGUCCCAUCCACGCCAACUCUACUAGCAUGGAAACAGUUGGCAUCAUCCAUACCACAAAUCCCCCAAAUACCAGCAUCAGUUCCCAGUUUAGCCUCAUCUCCCAUGGCAACAACUUCGCUUGAAAAUGCUAAACCUCAAGUCAAGCCAGGAUUCCUACAGUUCCAGGAGAAUGAUCCCUGUCUGGCCACCGACUGCAAAUACGCAAACAAAUUUCAUUUUCAUUGUUUGUAUGGAAACUGCAAGUAUGUUUGUAAGACAUCAGGGAAAGCAGAGUCCCACUGCCUGGACCACAUCAACCCCAACAACAGCCUAGUGAAUGUCCGAGACCAGUUUGCAUAUUAUUCCCUGCAGUGUCUGUGCCCUAAUCAGCACUGUGAGUUCAGGAUGCGUGGACACUACCACUGUUUAAGGUCCAACUGUUACUUUGUCACCAAUAUAACCACUAAGCUUCCAUGGCAUGUGAAGAAACAUGAGAAGGCAGAACGAAGAGCAGCAAAUGGCUUCAAAUACUUCACCAAGAGAGAAGAAUGUGGCAGGAUGGGAUGCAAAUACAAUCAGGUGAAUAGCCACUUCCAUUGCAUUCGAGACGGCUGUCAGUUUUCAUUCCUCCUUAAACACCAGAUGACAUCACAUGCCCGCAAGCACAUGAGAAGAAUGCUGGGAAAGAAUUUUGACCGGGUACCUGGCCAGGUUGUAUCCCAUAAUCCCAUGGGUGGCAGCACAGCCCACAGUCCAUCCUCUACAGAAAAUCCUUCAUCGUUCCAUACCACAGCCCAAACCAUGAUGGAUACAGAGACUGAUGAGUGCAUGGACUAUACUGGUUUGGGCAGCCCCGGUGGGAUGUCCUCUGAGUCCUCCAACCUUGAUCGUAGUUGCUCAAGUACUCCAGUGGGCAAUGAAAGUGCUGAUGCAGGCUGCCUGGUCCCUUCUGCUUCUGACGACGCUCUCACCCACAAUGCACCUCCAGCAGCGGCUAUGCCUCAUGCUCCUCCUUUUCCUCCCGCCUUGGUUAGGCCUCCCCUUUCUUCCCUACCGUUCCUGCUCUCUCCAUCCUGUGUCUCAUACUCCUUGAUCACUGCCAGCCUUGGGGUCAGCAGGGGCAUUGUGGUGCCAACAAGCAGCGCUCCAACUUUUACACCAGUUAUAGCCAUGCCAGCUCCAGCCAAAAGUGAUGUUCCACUAGUACACGAUGCAGCAGGAAACACCAUUACCAUGCCAACAGCUACAGGAGCCAAAAAACGAUUUUGGAUCAUUGAGGACAUGUCACCUUUUGGCAAAAGGCGGAAGACUGCUUCUUCACGCAAAAUGCUGGAUGAAGGGAUGAUGUUGGAAGGAUUCAGACGCUAUGACCUGUAUGAAGAUUGUAAGGAUACAGCAUGCCAGUUUUCCCUGAAGGUGACUCACUACCACUGCACCAGAGAAAACUGUGGCUACAAAUUCUGUGGGCGAACCCACAUGUAUAAGCAUGCACAGCACCAUGACAGGGUGGACAACCUUGUUCUUGAUGACUUUAAACGUUUCAAAUCCUCUCUUAGCUGCAACUUCCCUGACUGUCAGUUCUCUGGCAACAGCACACAUUUUCACUGCUUGCGUUGUGGCUUCCGCUGCACUGACAGCACGAAGGUGACCGCUCACCGUAAGCACCAUGGAAAGCAGGAUGUCAUCAGUGCUGCAGGCUUCUGUCAGUUUAGUUCCAGUGUUGACUGCGAGGUGCCUGAAUGCAAGUACAAGCUGAAGUGCUCACACUUUCAUUGCACUUAUCCCAGCUGCAAGCACACUGUAGUGGGAAUGUCUCAAAUGGACUCGCAUAAGCGUAAGCAUGAGAAACAGGAAAGGGGGGACCUACCAUCAGUUUCUCCUGGGCCAGAGGGCUCCACUCAAUGUAGUGCUGAUUAUGACCUCCAAAAUCCACCAGUGAACUUGGACAGCUCGCUGAAUUUGAGCACAGACACUCACAGCUCCCUUCUGUUCCUGCAAAAUGCUGCAGGGGUGGGCCUGAAUGACUCCCUGGACCUUAGCAAGAAACCACACGAUGGGGCUGAAAGUGUCCUUAGGGAAAACACUCAGAUGGCCAGCUGUGGGGAUGCUGAUGAUGACAUGUCUCAGGAUGAGGAAGAGGAGGAUGAAGAAGAGGAGGGUGAAGAAAUGAAUGAAGAUGAAGAGGAGGAUGACGAUGAGGAAGAUUUGAAUACCGAUUCUGAGGAUUCCUUGCCUGACGGUGAAUGUUUAUCAAAGAAAGACAACAAAGAACGUGCUGGGGAUUCCACAAACCACUGUGAUACCUCCAAAACUCCACUGAACCUCCAAACAUCCUCCUAACUACACUUAGAACUGAAUGUUUUAUAAAUAUUCCCCUUUUUGAGGGCCUUACUCUACACACAUACCCCCCUCCAACCCAAAAAAAAGCAAAAAAAAAAAAGACUUAAAGAACAAGUGAAGGAAUAGGAACCUUAACAAAACAGCUUCUGCAACAUUGGACUCAAUCAAGUCAUCAGUUACAAAGGACUCAAGGGGGCAUUUGGCAUUACUGCUAUUCUGGCCUCCUCCGUUACAAUCCAUUUAUACUGGUGCUUGAGAGCAGUAGGACAAAGGACAUCAGUUUGACUCCUUGUGAUAUGAAGUCCUUGUAUUAGCCCAUUCAUGAGUAGGAGGAGGGGGGUGAGGAGAAAAGGAAGUAUAGUACUUUUACUCCUCUUUUAUCAUUAUAACAUAGGGGAAGUUCCUAUAUGCUUAUGGAAAGGGAGGAGGUCAGAUGGGCUGGGUUGGUGGGUAUUUAUUGACUAGCAUUAUCGGGCGCCCUGUGACGAGGCUCUCUCUCUCCUGUUCUUCCAGUUUCUCUCUGGGCUGCUCCUGGGAAGCUAUUAUUUUAUAACUAUUUAUAUAGAAAACUUUCCUCUGCACCAAUCGCUCUGGUUUAUUUAUUUAUUUUGCCAUUGUUUUUGGUAUAAUGAAAAUGGGACUUUUCUUACAAGAGCAGCCAGGGGAACCUCACAUUAGUGGAGGAUGCCUUCUGCCCUAUAGGACACGCUGUUACUGCUUGCGAAAAGAUUGGAAAUAUUAUUGUGGGGUAGAUGUGUCAAAAGAGGUAGGAUUCCUGUAGCACAUUCUGGAGAAAGCUCCAUAUCACUGCUCAGGGGCCAGCAAGGGCCACAACUGUAAAACACUGUUUAGCUCAGUUGUAGCACCUUCUAACAGCAAGUCCAGUGACCUCUUAAUGGAAAACUUAUCCGAGAGGUCACAUUGAGGGUUAAGAGAUUGCACCCCAGACCAAGCACAGGAUGUCCUCUCUCUCAGGUAGGAAACUAUUCAGUAAAAGAAACUCUUUUCAUUAGGGCAAGUGCAGAUGGAUUGUUUUUAAUGAGAAAAAAAAUUUCUUUGCACUUAAAGAAUCAUUCUGCUUCCCUGCUCUCGUAUUGGUCACUUAGAUGAGUUCUUUUAGGCCCUUUAUCCUGAUUCAACAAGAUUAUCUGCCAAAGGAUGCAGUGCUGAAGUGUUGAAUUGAUGAGGAGGAUCUCCGAUCAACAUUGUGUGUUUAUGAAUCAGCCGUCAGUGAGAUGCAAUUAUACAUUUAUAGAAAACACUACAGGCCUUUUCUCUCUAAGAGACACAGGUGAUAGAGGCCCUAACCACCUUACCGAAUCCUUCAUAUAGCCUUUGUACUCACCCUUAAAGCAGACUGCAAGAAGAUUAGAUGGGGAAAGCCUCAAGUGUUUGCAACAAGCGGUGUUGGAGCAACAUAUUCAUUCUGAUAAAAAAUAAAUAAAUAAAUGAAAAAGUUGUACAGUAUUUUUUCUGUAAAGGUUAUAUAUAGAACAAAAAGAAAAAAAAAAAGAUAAAAAAAAUUUAAAGUAAGCUUGCAUAUGGGGGCUGUUGGAGUGUCCGAGUGUCAUCAGAUGCAGACAUCAGUCCCCAGACCCUGCUCUAAUGCCUCUUAUUCUUUGGUUUUUAGCUUCUGAUUUCUUGAAGUCUUUAAGGUUGACUUCACUUUAGCACUGAAAAGCGUGAUUCCGACUUUUAACUUGAAUUUUAUAGAAAACAAAAUAACAUUGUUCGGAUAAUAUGGAGGAUUGUAAUCUUCAGAUUGUUAAUAUAAGUUUGUAGUUAUAUAUUUAAUUUUGUGGGUUUCUCCCUCAAUCAGUUACGUGUGUUUUCCCCCAUUUAUUUUAUUUUAUUGUAGUUAUCUAUGAGAUGAGUAUGGGAAAUAAAUGCCUCUCAAUUUUUCUGCAGCUGAGCUGAACACCACUGUAUUGUUGAAACAACAGCAUCUCAAAAGUCAAGGUUAAAAACAAACUAGUUCUACUUGUGUACAGCCUCAGUGGUCUAUGAGAUCCUCUCUUUUCGGGUACACUUUUUUUCUUGUCCCUGUUUCCUCUUUUGCAUGUAAGCAUUAGUUGGACCUACAAAAAGAUCAGGGCCAAAGGUAAAAGGAGAGGUUCUGUCCAAAAAACCACUACUAAGGACACUACAAUCUCCAAACACAUAAUACCCUCAAAAUAAAAAAUAAUUAUCCUUAAUGUAGCAAAAAGGGGACUAAAAUAAGAUGAAUUAAAAAAAAUGAAUUGAAGAAACGAUCAGGUUAGAGGUCUUCCUAAACCUGAUAUUGCACAGUAGGACGUAAGCCAUCUCCAACUCAUCUGCAAAAUUAUUGCGUCUUUUUUCUUUCUUUUUUUUUUUCUUUUAAUUUUCUGUGGAAGUAAAA